AUUAAAAAUUGCAAUAUCUUCUAAUGUAUAUCCUACAUCUCAACCAUUUAAGAUAGAACAUGAUCCAAUUGAAGAAGGAACAUCAUCUAUAAAUAUAAUGCAUUGUAAAAAGGUAGAAGAUAUUGCGUAUAUUGAAUCUGACUCACAUAUAUCUAGUGAAAACGAAGAAAAUCAUAAUACUUAUUUCAUUAAGAAAAGAAAGAGGAUUGAUCACUAUAGAAAACCUAAUGAAGAAAUCAUUGAUUCUGAUCAAUCAUCUAACUCUUCUAAUGAUAAUGAGGAUUCAGUUAAUGAGGAUUUGGUUGAUGAGAAAACUGAUGAAGAAUAUAUGCUAAAUGAAGAUGUUUCAGUUGAUUUAUUUACAGCUCCUAAUUUUGAUGAUUUCGAUGAUAGACCAAGUCUUCAAACAGAUAAUUAUGAUGACUCAUGGAUACUUUUAUGGAUAUUCAAGUACCAAGAAAGAUUUCAGCUAUCAGAUAUUGCACUUAAUGUGUUAAUUAGGUUUUUUGAUCUUGUUUUAAAAGGUGCUGAUUCACGAAGAUUUAAAAAUUUUCCUUCAAUCACUUAUAUGACAUGUAAAUUAUUUGACAUUAAAAAAAAUCAAAAAUAUUUGCAUCACCCAAUGCAAAGCCAACGCAAACCUUGCAGAUCAGAACUAUUAAAAAAGUUUCCAGCGAUUAAAGGUCAUGUUUGGCAUCCAAAAAUGAUAUACACAUUACCAUCUUUAAAGAUUCAAUUA